AUGAACGAACAUAAGCCCAUCAAACUUUUGGAACAUGGAAGUCUCCAGGACUACGAUGUCGAUCCCUCGAGGAUUGGAUUCAAAUGGGUGACCAUGGGAUCUGAAAGGUUCAUAUGUGCUUGCGAAAGAAAUCGGGUGUUGAUAAUAGAUCGAUUCGAAUCGAAUAAUCUAAUUCAAAGACCGUUCAAGGUAGAAGCUGCUCUCAUGCAUCCUAGGAGUAAAAUUAUCGCAUUGAGGGAAGGACGUAACUUGCAAAUAUAUGAUCUCUACCUGAAUUGCAAAAUGAAGACACACACAAUGCAUGAGGACGUCGUGUUCUGGAAAUGGGUGAACGUAAAAAAACUUUGCGUGGUGACCGAGAAUUCCGUCUAUCACUGGUCAAAGGACGGAACCACCUCUCCCAAGAAGAUGUUUGAUAGACACAUUGAGACUAAGAAUUGCGAUGAGAUCAUAAAUUAUCUCGUAGACGCCGAAGAAAAAUGGAUGCUCGUAGUUGGAUUGAAAGUGAUGAGUGGACAUAUAGUUGGACUCAUGCAACUCCACAAAAGAGAUACUGAUAAGGAUAUGAUAUUACAAGGUCAGGCGGCGGCAUUUGCGUCGGUGAUAAUGGAACGCGGAAUAUAUCCCACAAAGUUUUUUAUCUACGGUGUGCGUAACCGAGAAACUUCAAAGCUUCACAUAAAGGAAAUGGAUCACCGAGAAGAAAACCCGGUGGUUCCUGAUAAAGUGGUAGACAUUUUUUACCAACGGGAUAAUACCAAUGAUUUUCUCAUAUCGAUACAAGUCAACAAGAAAUACGAUUUAAUUUUCCUGCUGACAAAGGGCGGAUACGUUCAACUAUUCGACCUGAGGACCGGGAUGUGCAUUUAUGUGACAAAUAUUAGUUUCACAACUGUUUUCACGUCAGCUCCAGAUGUCGGAGGGGUUGUUGCGAUAAAUCGGGCUGGUCAGAUUUUGUCUGUAGUCAUAGAUGAGACCUAUAUUGUUACCCAUAUUCUUGACAAUUUAAACGAUCGAGGUCUCGCAGUCCGAUUCGCCAAGAAGAAUGACUUACCCGAAAUCGCAGACAUAUAA